CAAGCUGUGCGCCGCGAUGGCUGGUGGCGCAGCAGCAGCAGCAGCAACAGCAACAGCAGCAGCAGCAGCAGCAACAGCAGCAGCAGCAGCAGCAGCAGCAGCAGCAGCAGCAGCAGCAGCAGCAGCAGCAGCAGCAGCAGCAGCAGCAGCAGGCAAGCCGGCAGGUGUGGUAA